UUAACAUGUUGUCUGUCUUAUAUGGCCAGUGCACCAUAUAAUCUAAGACUAUUAAUUAAAUGGAUAUAAAAAGUGUUAUUAUUUAACAAAAAUAAACAUUUACACAUUGACAUGGCGAAGUUUUCUGUAAGGAUGUUUAUUUAACAUUUUUUUUUUUUUUUAAAAGUCUCCAUUGUCAAAGCUUUGUAACAGUCAAUAAGUUUUCCGCCAUGAGAAAGUGUUCAGGACAGAGGACUUUCCACUUUCCAGUUUCUUAGUUCAUGCUACGGUUUUUUGUUUGCGUUUUGCUUUUAUAAACUUCAAACAGAGAAAAAAAGAAAGGUUGGUGUGAGAACGCUUUAUUUUCCUAUAACAGUACAACAGUGUUUCAUUCCUUCCAUAACGCCUCCCUGGAUGUCCACCUGUGCGAUGCAGCCUUAUUAUCAUGUGAUGUUGGAUAACUUAGCAUUCAGCAGCCACAUCAAAUCUUUCCAGGUUACCAUGGGAACCAAAUGUCUAAAACGGCAAUGUAGCAUAAUAAAUAAUUUGCCAAUGUAGUAUGACAUCUUAUGGUAACUUAUAGUGGUAGGGCAUAAUAUGGUAAUAUUUUAAAUAUUAAUUAUAAAACUGUCACACUCAUCUUGCUGCAUGUUAUUCGGGAUAUUGUACACAUAUUUGGUUAAUUUGAUUCCUCUGAAUUUUCGCACUAAAAUGAUUAUGGAGGGAACCAUGCCAGCUGACAAGGGUGCGAGUGCUGAAGGAGUCAUUAUUGCUCUCUCAUUUCAGUUGUCUCCUCCCCCACACGGCCUUUAAGAGGUGCAGCUGUUCUCCAUACGGUUGAUUCAAUUGCACCAGCAGAGCAAGAGCUAUUAUGCCACCAUCCUGGAGGUGGUCUUCUGAUAUUCUUGGAAAUAGAUAUUUUUGUUUAAAAGAAGCCAUAUAAGGUGAGGGGACCAUUUUUCCAUCACGCUUCUUUCCAUGACACUUCUUAGCUCUGUGACGAAUCUGUGAUCUAACAGAUUUAGCGAGGGAGGAUAAAAAGGAGGAAGUGAGGGAAGGUGAGGAUGUAGUGGAGAUUUGUUAUGAAGGAGAGAGAAGAGGCAGAAGAAAGAGAAAAAAAAACGGAGAGAGCUGGAGCAGGAGAGAAAAAACGGGAAGAACAAGAGGAGAUCCCCAGAGAGCAAACCAAGCUGAGCUCACAUGCCUGUGGCCAAUUAAACGUCAAGCCUAUUGUCGUAAUACCACGCGCACACACACUGAGUGGUCAGUGAAGAGGGGCUGGAUGAAUAAUGCACCAAAGGGUGGGUGUGGAGCGCUUAUGAGGGUGUGCGUAAGCGUGCGUGUAAGCGUGUGUGUAAGAGCGUAUGAGGGAUCCCUCCCCCGCUUCACUAUGAGGUCAGCAGGACAACGGUGGUUUUUGGAGAGAACACGGAAAGCCGGGUGAAGGAGAAGAGAGAGCUGUGGCAGAGCAGGAAGAGGAGGAGAGGGCGAGACAGACUGAGAGAGAGAGGGAGAGAGAGAGAAAGAGAGAGAGAGUGAGAGAGUGAGAGAGAGAGAGAGGGAGCUGGAGGAAUAAUAUGCUGAGCAGGGAGUGAGGGCUGCAGUGAUGACGGCUAUGCUGAGUCCUAAGAUCAAGCAGACCAGGAGAGCCAGGUCAAAGAGCAUGGUGAUGAGCGAGGUUAGCCAUGGCUCGGGUGGUUCUACAUCUCCAGCCCUUCAUGAGGGAGUGCUGAAGGCAGGCUGGCUCAAGAAGCAGAGAAGCAUCAUGAAGAACUGGCAGCUGCGUUGGUUCGUGCUGCGCUCGGAUUAUCUCUACUUCUACAAGGACGAAGAGGAAACAAAGCCUCAGGGAUGCAUCUCACUCAAGGGAAGCCAAGUGAAUGAGCUUACAGCUAAUCCUGAGGAAGCAGGCCGAUAUCUAUUUGAGAUUGUCCCAGGUAAGAAAGAAAUAUAUAAACCUAAAUAUUAAAAAAACCUUUAACAUGGUGUGCAAUCGAUGGUCUGAAACCUAUUUUUUUCUAUAAUUAAUUAACAAUCGAAAACAAUAAUCAAGUUUAUUGCGCUAGGUCUAUUUUGCAUUCGGGUCAUUUUACCCUGAGAGUAAAUAUGAAAAAUGAAAUAAAAAGGUGAUUUUAGUCACUGUCACAAUCUCUCCCACCUGAGCACACAUAGCAGCCUUCAGGACAUCCUCAAGCAUGGGAAUAUUGCGAAUAUAUGAGCUGAAGAUACACAACACAUAAACAAACAUACAUUGCUGUUCUCUUAUAAAAUCGAAAAUGCCCUCAUGAUUCACUGGGCUCUAGUAAACAGAACAUGAGGUUUGAGCAAUUUCGCCAUCAUUGCAAUGCUGAUAAGCAGUACAAUAUGUGGCAUUUGACAGACGCCCUUAUCCAGAGUGACUUAAAGAAGUGCUCCAUAGGCUCUAUCAAAAACACAUCCUCAUGCUAGGUGACUAGGUCACGGACUGAGAGA